CUUCCACCCACAAUGGCCCUGGUACCUUACGAGGAGUCAGGAAUGGGGCUCCAGAAAUUCCACAAGCCUCUUGCCACUUUCUCCUUUGCAAAGCGCACGAUCCAGAUCCGGCAGGACUGGAGACACCUGGGAGUGGCGGCUGUGGUGUGGGAUGCGGCCGUUGUUCUUUCUACAUACCUGGAGAUGGGCACAGUGGAGCUCAGGGGCUGCUCUGCCGUGGAGCUGGGUGCUGGCACAGGGCUGGUGGGCAUAGUGGCUGCCCUGCUGGGUGCUCAUGUGACUGUCACCGAUCGAAAAGUAGCCUUAGAAUUUCUUAAGUCAAAUGUUCAAGCCAACUUACCUCCCCAUAUCCGAACCAAAGCAGUUGUUAAGGAGCUGACCUGGGGCCAGAAUCUGGGGAGUUUCUCACCUGGAGAAUUUGACCUGAUACUUGGAGCUGACAUCAUAUAUUUAGAAGAAACAUUCACAGAUCUUCUUCAUACACUGGAAUAUCUCUGUAGCAAUCACUCGGUGAUUCUUUUAGCUUGCCGAAUCCGCUAUGAACGGGAUAAUAACUUCUUAGCGAUGCUGGAGAGGCGAUUUACUGUGAGUAAGGUUUACUAUGAUUCUGAAAAAGACAUAUAUAUUUACAAAGCACAGAAGAGAAACAGAAAGGAGGACUUAUAGGUGGCUGUACUCUGUAAGAAGGUUGUCAAAGAAUGUCUUAGACUCUAAUGAAAUGGCUUCCUGCACUAGUCUCUGACCAAAGCUACUCAAGGGACAAACCAUGUGGACAAGUUGUUGUUGUUUGUUUCUGGCAGGAUUGGGGUUUGAAAUGAUUUACACUUGCUAGGCAGUACUU